UGAAAAUGAAUAAAGACAAACAAAUCGAUGACGAUGAUGAUGACAGCGAUCAGUUCGAAGAAUUUAUGGAGAAUUUUAACCAACUUGAAUUGCUGGAGACGCACAGGCACUUGAUUCCUGUGGGAACUCAGAGCUGUUGGUCAGGACAGUCUGAUGAUGACGAUGAUGAACAAGAAAGAAGUGAGGAAUGGUACGAAAUGCAAGAGAAAAAGAUGGAAAAACAUCCAGAGAAAUUGCUGCUCUGGGCUGCUGAAAAUAAUCGGCUGAGUACAGUGAGGAGGCUUCUUUCCGAGAAGCUGGCUCCAGUUAACGCUCGUGACGAAGACCAGUACACCCCCCUCCACCGAGCUGCCUACAGCGGGCACUUGGACAUUGCUCAUGAACUGGUUGCCCAAGGGGCUGAUGUCCACGCGCAGACGGUGGACGGCUGGACGCCGCUGCACAGCGCCUGCAAGUGGAACAACACCAAAGUGGCCGCGUUCUUACUCCAGCAGGGUGCCGACAUCAAUGCGCAGACCCACGGCUUGCUGACGCCGCUGCACAUCGCGGCAGGAAACAAGAACAGCAGAGAAACCCUCGAGCUCUUGCUGAUGAAUCGUUAUGUGAAGCCAGACCUGAAGAACAACUUGGACGAAACGGCCCUUGACAUCGCCAGGAGGACUGAUAUCUAUCAUUACCUUUUCGAGAUAGUCGAAGACUGCAUCAAUGCCGUGUCCCCUUAA